UAGAAUAUGGUAUCAAGUUUUCGUGUUUCUGAACUACAAGUGUUGUUGGGUUUUGCUGGACGUAAUAAAAGCGGGCGGAAACAUGACCUCCUGAUGAGGGCACUGCAUUUACUGAAGAGAGGCUGCAGCCCAGCAGUUCAGAUAAAAAUCCGAGAACUCUAUAGGCGUCGUUACCCAAGGACAAUUGAAGGACUUUCAGAUUUAUCGGCUAUAAAACCUGCAAUUUUCAAUUUGGACAGUAGUUCCUCUCCUGCUGAGCCUGACCUCACUGUUGCUGGCAUUCACCCACUCUCUUCUUCCUCAGUCACACCUCAGUCUCCUUCCUCACCUGUCAGUUCUGUGUUCCUCCAAGACACUAAGCCCCACUUUGAGAUGCAGCAGACAUCCCCUCCAAUUCCACCUGUUCAUCCUGAUGUUCGACUGAAAAGCUUGCCAUUUUAUGAUGUGCUUGAUGUGCUCAUAAAACCUACAAGUCUAGUACAGAGCAGUAUUCAGAGGUUCCAAGAGAAGUUUUUUAUCUUUGCUUUAACACCUCAGCAGGUCAGAGAAAUCUGUAUUUCCAGGGACUUCUUGCCUGGGGGCAGAAGAGAUUACACAGUCCAAGUUCAGCUAAGGUUAUGCCUAGCAGAGACAAGCUGCCCUCAAGAAGAUAAUUACCCUAAUAGUUUGUGUAUUAAAGUAAAUGGGAAGCUGUUUCCAUUGCCGGGAUAUGCUUCACCACCAAAAAAUGGAAUUGAACAGAAGCGACCUGGGCGCCCCUUAAAUAUAACAUCUCUAGUUAGGUUGUCAUCAGCAGUGCCAAACCAGAUUUCCAUUUCCUGGGCUUCUGAAAUUGUAAAGAAUUACUCCAUGUGUGUGUAUCUCAUUCGCCAGCUCACUUCAGCUAUGCUUUUGCAGAGGUUAAAAAUGAAAGGUAUCAGAAACCCCGAUCAUUCCAGAGCACUAAUUAAAGAAAAACUAACUGCAGAUCCUGAUAGUGAGAUUGCCACAACCAGUCUGCGGGUAUCUCUGAUGUGUCCUCUGGGAAAAAUGAGACUGACAAUCCCCUGCCGGGCUGUUACUUGUGCACACCUGCAAUGCUUUGAUGCUGCUCUUUAUCUUCAAAUGAAUGAAAAGAAGCCUACCUGGAUCUGCCCUGUCUGUGACAAAAAGGCAACUUAUGAGAGCCUAAUAUUAGAUGGGCUCUUUAUGGAAAUCCUUAAUGAAUGUUCAGAUGUGGAUGAGAUCAAAUUCCAAGAAGAUGGCUCCUGGUGCCCCAUGAGGCCAAAGAAAGAAGCUAUGAAAGUCUCAAGUCCACAGUGCACCAAAAUAGAAAGUUCCAGUAUUUUUAGGAAACCCUGUUCUGUGACAGUGGCCAAUGAAAUAAACAAGAAGAAAGUUGAUGUUAUUGACUUGACAGUAGAAAGCUCUUCUGAUGAAGAGGAAGAUCCUCCUGCCAAAAGGAAGUGCAUAUUUAUGUCUGAAACACAAGGAAGCCCAACCAAAGGGGUUCUUGUGUAUCAGCCACCUACUGUCAGAGUGCCCAGCAUGACAAUGGUUGAUGCUGCUGCUAUUCCACCUUCAUUAACAGACUCCCCAGUACCAUUCCAUCAUCCACCAAUAUCCAGUAUUUCAUCAGACUUGCCAGGAUUGAAUUUUCUUUCACUAAUCCCAGUUGAUUCACAGCAGUACUGUCCUCCUAUGUUUUUGGAUAAUCUCACCUCAACCUUAACAAGCAAUGUACCUGGCAGCAUCAUCACAUCAACCAGCCACCACGAGAGCAGCACACAUGUUAGCUCCUCCAGCAUGAGCAAGACAGAAGUGAUAACCAGAAGCAAAGGCAGUGCUCCUGACAUCAUCUCACUGGACUGA